AUGGACCCCAACGAAUUUGGCACCUCGACGAUUCCUCUGCAGCACGCCCCCUAUGGCCCAAUCACCGAAGAGACACUCAAAGACAAAAACACGGGGAAAGUUGCAGUGGUAACGGGUGCGGCACAAGGCAUAGGUGCUGCGAUCGCAGAAUCGCUCGCGAAGUCGGGUGCUGCCGUUGCCAUUUUAGAUUUAUCGGUUGACAGGCAGAAAGCGACGCAACAAGCCUGCGAGAGCCAUGGUGCGAAAGUGAAAGCAUAUGCGUGUGACGUCGCCGAUCAGGAGGCUGUGGUGAAGACGUUUGAUGGGAUUGAAAAGGAUCUUGGACCCAUUGACAUAUUGGUGAACAACGCGGGCAUCCUUGUACAGAGACCUCUGAUUAUGUCGGACUUUGAUUCGUUCUGGAAACAGAUCGAAGUCAAUUUCAAAGGCCCUCUUCUCACAAUACAUACCCUCCUUCCACGCAUGCGCGACCGCGGCCACGGCUGCAUCAUCAACAUCGCCUCUCGCAGCGCUACUGUUGACGUGCCAAUGACACUGGGAUAUGUUACGUCUAAGGCGGCAUUGACGCGUGCGACGCAUACGCUGCAGCGCGAGAUGGCUCUAGAUGGGCUGGAUCCGGCGAUCCACUUGUACGCGCUGCAUCCCGGGGGAGUGCUAACAGGCAUGGGCGCUUCGGGAGCGCCUAAGGAUGUCCAAGAGAAGUAUGGCAAUCCGAAAGACGAAGAGUUCUUCAAGAGCUUGUUCAAGGAUCCGCCGAUACUGUGCGGGCAGACUUGCGCAUGGCUUGCUACUGGUGAAGGCAAAGACCUGAGGGGGCUGUAUAUCGACUGCCGACAAGAUGUUACACGAUUAUUGGAGAAAGGGAGAGAGGCUUUGCUCAAGGAGAGGCGAAACGUGCUGACGGUGAAUUUCUUGGAUGGAUACGAGAACGAGCCGUGAUUCGGUUGCAGGUUCCCAUCUCGAUAAUCAGAUAUUUCACUUCUUCGGUACAUGCGUCUAAACCGCCUCUUUUAUCUCUACAAAGUCCGUCUUUUCGCCCAGGUUCUUUUCCUCUUCAGCCUGUGCUGUAGCAAUCCGCUCGUCAGCCUCAAUGAAUUCGACAGGUCGGUGCAGCUGUAUAGCCAACUUGUUGCGAUGAACGAACAAGCCUGGGUUCGUUUCGAAGAAUCGAUCGAUGUCCUCGAGGGUGC